AUGACAGCCAAGAUCCGUAGAGUGGCCGUUAUCGGCGCCGGCCCUUCGGGCGCUAUUGCAACUGAUGCACUGGUUAAGGAACAAGCUUUUGACACCGUCCGAGUCUUUGAUCGACGAGCAGUGCCGGGCGGAACCUGGAUCUACACACCGCAUUUGCCCGCCAGUAUACCCUCAUUGAGAGCCGUGCUUGACGGAAAGGCCGAUGCUCCCGUUCCCAUCCCCUCCCAGCUUCCAGCCCAGACCCCCAAGUCAGAAGCCGUCAACAGCCACCAGAUCCGGUUCUCGGAUACAGCCCAGCAUGAGCACCUCCACACCAACAUCACGCCGGAGAUCAUGAGCUUCACCACGGAACCUUUUCCGGACACCCUGACGGACCGCAUCCGGGAAAAGUACGGCGACGACUCCCCCUUCCGCGGCCGGGCCGUGAUCCGGGACUGGGUCGAGAACAUCUUCGUCCGCAACGGGCACGAGAAGCUGCUCGAGCUGAGCACGACUGUCGAGCGCGCCGAGAAGCAGGGCGAUGAGUGGGUGCUGACGCUGAGAAAGGAGCUACCCGGAAACAACCAGUGGUGGCAGGAGAGGUUCGACGCGCUUGUCGUGGCCACGGGGCAUUACAACAUCCCUUGGAUUCCCAACAUCAAGGGCAUUGUGGAGUAUGACCAGCGGUUCCCCGGCCGGAUCGUGCAUAGCAAGCACUUCCGCGGAGCUGACAAGUACAAGGGCAAGAAGGUCAUCGUUGUCGGCGGCUCGGUGUCGUCGCAUGAGCUCUUGCACGAGGUCCUCCCCGUCGCGCAGCAUCCGGUGUACGCCUCCCUUCGAGGAGACCCUAUCCCUCACUUUGGCUGGGCGCCCUUCACGCACCCGCAUAUUUCAAUCCAGAAGCAGAUCGUCAACUUUUGCCCCAAAUCAGGCGCCAUCACCUUUGCCGACGGCACCGUGGUCCGAGAUGUGGAUCACGUCAUCUUGGGGACCGGCUACACCUUCAGCUUCCCCUUUCUUCCAAAGGUCCAGGAGCGUGUCUCGCAAGCCAACCGUCGUUUGCCUGGUGUUUACUACCACACGUGGGACAUUGAGGACCCCACGCUCGCCUUCUUGGGCAUGUGUGGAGGGGGCUUCACGUUCCGCCUCUUUGAAUGGCAAGCCGUCGCAGUUGCCCGGCUCCUUGCCGGCAGAGGCAACCCGCUGCCGUCGAAGGAGGAGCAGAAGGAGUGGGAACGAAAGCGCGUGGCCGAGUUCGGCGGCGGCAAGGAUUACUACACCAUCGCGCCCCAUUGGAAGGAGGUCUUUGAGCACUUCAGGGCGAUCGCCGGCGACCCGGCCCCGGGCACGACGGGUCGUGUGUUGCCGCCGUUCGACGAUGGCUUGUUGGAUAUCUGGGCGGCGAUGGGCACAGCAAAGACGAAAUCAUGGGAGAAGUCCAAAAAGAGGGCCGAGGCGGAGAUUGAGAGUCAAGUCAUCAGACCAAGGCUUUGA